UCCCCGCUAUUUGUAAUAUACCCCCCAAGCUGUUCUGAGCCUUUUCGAAUGUUCCCCAUAGCCAAUAAAAAAUUUGACUAGUCCGCCACCAGAUUGUUAGGAUUCCCGGUGGUUCCCCCUCGGUAUACCUCGGUAUUUCUCGGUACCCCCUUUCAGUGUCCCUCUCCAAUAUUGACACAGGUAUCAAGGGUACCUUCAUCCGCUAUCCCGCAGUCUGCCUUUUAACGUGGUGACCGGUGGGGUACAUAGGCCAGUGGUGUUGCUCAUCUCACCGCGAGUGUUGCGGGCACUUGCAUGAUUUAACGAAAUAAUAAAAAGCCAACGGGAAAUUAAAAAAUCGGCAAGGAUAAUAAUUCAAGAGAGGAAAGCCGAGUGCAAUUGGUAGAGAAGAGGGAGGAUAACUAACGAAAUAUCAUACACAAGAAUACCUGGUGCGUAAGGUGGAUUCUCGUGUAAAAAGCUAUAAGAUAAAAGCAAAUAGGAUAACUGGGAGAGAGGGAGAGGCAUCUCCUGCGAGUUACUACAGGGUCACUACCCUUCGUUCAGUGGCAAGGCCAACUGCAAUAUACUACAGUCGACGAGAAACGCGAGCACAUACGUAGAUCAAGGAGUCAAUAAUACAUCCUUCAUCACUGUCGUUAUCUAUAUCUGGGGGUGAAUCGUUGGAGAACGGUAGAGAGAGCGAGAGGGAGGAGCGUUUAAUUGAGUGCAUAACGAGAAUGACAGUCUGAGUGAAUUAUUGAAGACAGAAGAAGUUCGAAAUGGCAAUUAUGUUGAAAUGUCUGCCCUUCGUGGCGCUGGUAAUAUAUUUAAUAAUGAGUUACUUACGUUUGGCGGCAGCUCUUCCGUUUGAUGAAAACUCAUUUGAUGGAUCUGAGAAUAUACAAAAUUCUAAGGCACGGCAUACGAUUGGAAUAGCCUCGAAUUUUUUUCCCAAUCAUGAUCUCUUGAAGAGGAAACCAAUCCGUCCAUCUGAGUUACCAGCUUCGCCGGCUGACCUCCUGCGCCCUGACACAUUUCAAUUCUACACAUUCGAUAAAUCUGGUGAGGUGAUAACAAAGCAAAUGACCAAAAAAGAAAUUCAGAGUUUAAUAGCAGCUGGAGGAGGCCACCUUCCCCCAAUGGCAGUGGAAAUUCACGAGCCCCAAAAAGCGGGUGAGGUACCAACAGGUGGAACAAGAGUUGCAGAUGUAGUACAAAACGUCCAGAAUGUCCUGAAAGGUGAAUUGAACAAGCCAACACCUCUGAUCUCCAUAAUACCAAAGAUUCCUGGCCACGCAAGUUCCGAAUGGAGCAGCAUUCUUCCCUCAAUACUUUCCGGUGACAGGGAGUCCAUUCCUCUAAGCUCAUCAGAGCCAUCACAACCCCAAUACCCGGAGAAUGAAAAAAUACCGGUGUAUGUGGGUCACCCCGUGUAUGACGAAAUAACGGAAAAACCGAUGAUCCAAGUACCAGUUAUAACAGUAGAAGAGAAAUUACCAAUUCAAAACACUUCGAGUAGUGAUCAGAGUAGUCACGAGGACGAGAGUGGACAUGAUGGGCCAGUAUUUCAAAUACUGAAUACCAUAUCUGCGGAUAUGGUGAAAAAUUCUAGCAGCACCUUUAAUGAUCAGAUAACGGAUGCUAGUGAAUCCAUUGACCGACCGCACCAGAUCGACACGAAACCCGCCAUUGUACAACUCAUGCACAACACUUCCAAAAUAAUGACAAAUCCUCCAACAACUCAGGAGCCCAUUGAUACUACGACUCAACAGGUUAAGCACAAUGUUAUCAGUAUUGUUUCUGAAACUCAUUCGACAUCAAUAAAACACACUGGACACGAUGAGAUGAAGAUAGAUCAGUCUCAAUCACAAUCUGAAACACCUAUUACUUCAACUUCUGAGACAAUUGUGCCAAAGGAAGCGAUUGAUAAUGAUAAGCUAAUGACUGUUGAUGAUAAAUUUGAAAUUAUUGAGCCAAUGAGACCAGUGUUAUUGAAUAACGCCUUGAAGGAACCUGAGAUAUGGCUACCAACGACCGACUCUCUUCCAGUCACUGAAAUCGCUUUAGCCUCUGAGAAGGAAGAUUCCUACACUACAGAAUCUAUAGCAACAACUGCUGCAGGCGAUGAAUUGGAAAAUAUCACCAUCCCAGCGAGAGAUGUUGAAGAAAACCCUUCGGAUGCAUCAUCGCUUACUAGCAACACUACCGAACUACCUUUAUUGAAAAAUAACACUGAAAAAAAAUCUCCAGUGACUCAGCAUGACUCAACAAUUUCAGAUUUAGAAACUGGUUCGAUAUCGAUAACAACGGCUUCAACAUUGAUGGCCAGUACUGACAUAUCGCCAGAAACAGCUCUUUCAAUCUCUAUUCAAGCGAUUGAAUCUGAAAAAGUCACUGAAAUCAACCACCAUGGAUCAUUAACUACAAAAGAAGCUACUGAAAGAACAAAUGAUGUGACAGCCGAACUUGAGAUAGAAAGCACUUCGAAAAUCCCUGAAACCUUGACAUAUUCACCACCGCAGGAAACACCAUUGUUAAUUGAGUUAGAAGACUCGUUAUCAAGUAUGAUUUCUCAAAUAUCUGAAGCUAUAAUCGAGCCCUCAUUACCCUUCAGAAACAAUUCAACAAACACCAACUCUAGCAGUCCAUCAUCGACCUCUCAAGAUGUGAAAAAUCAGGGGAUAGUUUCCAGCACCGUCCCUUCAUUAUCACCGUCAAUUCGAGAGCCAUCAAUUCCUAACCCACUCCUACCAAUAUUCACAAAUACAACUCCCUCUAAUAAGAUGAAUGUCACAUUAUAUGAUAGCAAUACCGUAAAGGUUUCGAAACUGAGGCCAUCAGUAUCAACAGAAGCCACAGAAACCCCAAUCGUUAGAAUCGACAUAAUGGCACCGGUUGAGACGACAGCUUCUCCAAAUGUGAAUGAUUCAAUGAUAUCCGUGGAAGAGUCUCCAGUGGUAAGAAUUCAAUUGACAGAUCCAGUUACGACAGUCAAUCAAAUAAUUGAGUCUCUGGUACCUGAAAGACAUGCAGCCGCUCCAGAACUUGUAAAUUUAACCCUUCCUGCGAGAGGAAGUAUCACAGUGAAUAAUAUCUCUAGUAGCUUAAUUGCUGGCUUCUCAAACAAUGAAAAAUCGAGUGAAAAUCUUUCGUUAAUUAUCAAUAAAGUUGAUAUCGUUGAUGGAGAGAAGAAAGAAGAUGUUCAAGUGAAACUUGAAGAAACAACUGUUGAAGCAAUGACCACUGAGGAAUGGCAAUCGACCGCGGGUUACAAUAAAACAAUAGCAAUGAUGCAACAGAUUAAUUUCGAUGAACUUCCAAUGGUUCACAGUCACAAGAUAGCCCCUGUGCUUUACAAAAAUAAAACAAAAGUUGAGUCUACAACACUUGACCAACCAAAGACUCCGGCAAUUAAAUUAAACAAUCAAGUAUCAAAAACAGAUGUAAAUUUCAUGGCAACAUCAACAGAGGUACCUGUAUCAUCACAAGCUAAUUUAGAAACAACAGAAGAUGAUAGAAAAAAUGUAACUGAUCGUGAGAGAACAGAGGCCCAAGAAAUUGCAGCAAGUAAAACAGAAGAUAAUUUAAAUCUCUCAUCGAUAUCUACAUUAAUCCCCUCGCAGAUUCAAUUGGAGGAUCUUCCCAUUGUUCAUCACAGAUAUAACAAACCUGCAGUAAAACCAAUGCCUUCGAUAAGCAAUAAUGUAACACAAAAAAUAUAUACGAAAGAUGAAGAAGUUGCUCAGAAGUUAACACCCUUUCCAUCACUGAAUGUUUACGAAAACGAUCCUUACAAAAAGCUAGGAGAAACAGUAGCACCCUCUCCUCCUCUUCCUCCAACAACCGAAAUCUCUCAAACCAACAAAACCUUGAAGAUAAAGGAUCAGAAGAAGGAUUCAAGUAUGGAAAUAAUGGAGAAGCUCCCUCUGAUCCCUAUAAAUCAUAUAUCCCAAUCGGAUAAGAAACUGCCGAAGACAACCCCAUCUCCACUAACUCCACCAGUCAAGAAACAUGAAAACUAUCAGAAUUCUGAAAAAUGGACAUUGAUCCCCCAAAAAUCACCCUCAACAGCAGUAAAUCCAAAGAUCCAAGCAAAACGGCCAAUUGACGAGCCGAUCACAGCCCCUCCUAUCCCUGAAACAACCACCGAACCAAAGCAAAAACCGACUGAUCGAAUUCCCCUGACGCAUUUAAAAACCGAUGAGGCUUUAGACUUAAGCGUGAAGGCUCUAGAACCAGACGUCUCUUACUUCGUAAACCUCUGCAACGAUCUUGCCUUCUCCUUCUGGACAGCGACUAAUGAGGGCUUAAGUUCAGGAAGAUCGUUAGCAGUGUCUCCAUUUGGAAUGACAAGCAUGCUAGCCAUGGUAUUUCUCGGUGCCAGAGGUCCAACAUCCGAGAAAAUGAAUAAUUUGCUGAAACUAGAUGAUGUUGCAUCCUUCAAUCCUCAUUUGAUUUUCCAAAAUGUAACGGAUUCCGUGGGAUUGGCUCGCAAGCAGGGAAUAGCAAAUGCAGCUUUUGUACGAGAACUAUUCGCGGACAGGGUAAAAAUUCGAAAGUUAUUGCCUUUUUAUAAAGAACAAGCGCAGCAGUUUUACGAUGGAGUUGUUGCCGAAGUGAAUUUUGCGACAAUCAGUGAUUUAGUUAGAAGAAGGACUAAUUUAAUGGUGAGAAAACAAACUGGAGGGAGAAUAAAGGAUUUCGUUCGAUCAAAUACCAUUCCCCUGAUCUCGCCAUUAGCCGCUUUAUCGGCCAAUGUCUUUCAAACAGACUGCAACUCCAAGGACGCGAGUUCAGAUGGUAGAGACGGAGAACUCUAUUUUGCAGUAUCACCAGCUGUACGACAAAGAAAACUAGUACCAGUGCCAUCGACCGUUUGGAGAGCAGGAAUACUAGCUGGUUAUGAGCCCAAUCUCGAUGCCACGGCUAUUGCUUUAGGCGGUCCACACAAAUUAGUUUCCAUGAUUUUUGUUAUUCCUGGACAACAAGGAUUCACCGCACCUGGGGAUAAUGUAGAACUCCUGGAAGAGAGACUUAUCCGGGGCGCGACUCACGAUGGAGUUUGGAACAAAUUGCUCAAGGUGGUUAUUCCACGACCUGGCCUAGAACUUCAAGUACCGAAAUUCAGUCACAGGAGUGUCAUAAAUGCUACUGCAGCAUUGAAGAAAAUGGGACUGCAAGAUUUGUUCGAUAAACAUGCAGAUCUCAAGGGAAUCAAUGGAGUUGGUAUUGAUUUACAUUUGACGGAUGUUCUGCAGAUGAAUCUAUUCAGUACCUGUGGAGAUGAGAAUAUUCAAAGCGGUAGGCAUCACGUAGAAGUUUACCCAUCGGGUACACAGAGAAAUGCCCGGCUAUUUGCAUUAGAACCCAAGACAUAUCAAUCAAAAGUUUCAGAGCCAUCCUCCUCAAUACAGAGAGAAGACAUCGAUAAGCCAAGACUAAAAUUAGAUAGACCAUUUUUGUACUUCGUUCGUCACAAUCCCACCGGUUUGAUUCUCCAUAUGGGACGCUUCAACCCCAGACUUUUACCAUAAUCAUGAUUUAUCAUUCUUUUUCCUUUAUUUCAAUAAUCAAAUUCAUCGUCGAUCGCGAAAAAUAAUAAAAUUUCAAAACCCCUGUUUCAGCAUCUGUUAAGUGUUUGUAGUAUAAUUGUCGGUACAGUACUCAUCUCGAUUGAUAAGCACUGGCCUCUUGCAUAUCCAUGUUUAACUCUGUUUACGUGACUGCGAAUAUCAGACUCGUGUGUUUGCGCUGUUACGCAUUCAUUUAUUUAUUCACUUUCGGUGGUGAUUUAUCAAUAAUAUCAAAAUUAUUAUCAUGAAAAGUUAAUGUGCUCAAAUACUCGGUAAUCGAUCUUGAUCAUCGUCCAAACGUAAAAAUAUAAAAUUGGACCAUGGUUGAUGUCAAAAAUACCUCGGCAAUUCAUCAAAAUGCAAAUCACACAUAUAAUGUAAUCCUCUGGAAAAAUCUAUACUAUCUUUUACAAUUUCUAUAAGAGAAAAACAAUCAAUUUGAAUUGAUAAAUAUACACGUCCUUAAAGUGUGUAGACAAGCUAUUUUGCUCAAAUUAGACGAAAAAUGGCCUUUCCAUAGGAUUCCUUAAUGCGUGCAUUAGUUUUUGAAUAUGAAUAAUUUAGGUAACAUAAGCCUUAUCAUCACAGCAUCAUCAUCGGUAGAAUGAAGUAUUAAUAAUUAGAUGAUUAUUUUAAAUAAUGUAGAGGGUUUCUAUGAUUAAUUGUCAAUCUAAGAAUCAAGGAAUUGUAUAUAAUAAAACAAUACUUUAAUGACACUCGAAACGUAUCGAUAAUUGUAACAAUAUAUUAUUAAAGACACUAUUUAAUUACAACCUGAUGUGUACAAAAAUUAUUAAAUAACUUCCAGGGUAAGAGGGGUGUAUUGAUGAAUAAAUUAAAGGGCCAUUGCUGUCAAUCAUAAUUGUACGAAACAUAAUCAAAGUGGGUGUAGACAGUGUCUCUAAUAACCUUGUGAUUGAAAUUGCAAUUCAAGGAGUUAUGUGUAUGAAGACUUGUAUAAGGAAUGGAACCUUAUCAGUCUUAUCGCAGGUGCUAACACCAGAUAGGUGGAAUGUCUUUCAGUCAUCACCAAACGACUGUCUGGUCAUCAUUGAUAUUUCCCAGUGUCAUUGGAAUAAAAAAACAUCGAGUAGAAUUGAAUAAUUAUAAAACAAAAUUCACUGCUCCAACUUUUACCACAAAUUGCUACCGCUGAAAUGUGAAUUAAAAAUUUCAAUGACGUUCUGCUAAAGGUCAAAGAUAUGGCGGGGAGGUACGAUGAAAUAAUUCGACGUUAGAUAAUUACCUCAAAUGGAAUGAUAAUUAUACGCGAUUGCUCGUGCAAAAGAGAAAAUUUGCGGAAUUGGUGAAGAUAUAUAAACAUCUGGGAGUUAAGGAGGCAUCGCAAACAUAUGGAAACUGAAUGCUCCGGACGAUCCUUAGCCACACUGCUGGUAGCAUGGCCUUCACAACACGAAGAAAUGUACAACGUGAUAUACUAACGGAGGAGGCGUAUUUCGAUCACAGAAGAAGGGAAAUAACCACUGUAUCAGGGGACCUAGCACCAUGCGGUGAUAGAGUGGAGCCACCAGCCUACCAAAACU